AUGGCAAGCCUUAAUUUCAUAUACCAGCCCUCCAUUGUUGAGAGGGGAGCCAACUUCAGGAAGCCCCCCAUCAUCAUCAAGUUUGAGAACUUCCCCGCCGGCUACAGCUACUUCUCGGCAAAAAUCUGCCUCAAGGACGAGAAUAAUGAGGAGUAUGUGAAUGGGUCCCUUGGCGGUCAUACUAUAGCGUCCCCCAUCUUCGACGAGGCCAACACGUGCUACUUCAAGAUCCGGCACACCAAUAUCACGCAAAAGGGGAAAUUUCGCAUCGAGGUCCAGGUUUUUGGCAUUCCUGCGAAUCCAGACCAUGGGCAAACUUACAUCACCCACAACUGCUCCAGCCCCAUCAAGGUCAUCAGCCGCGACCCAGAGGUUCGCCUCAGCAACCAGGAGAGAGCGUUUAUAACUUACAUCAAGUCUCUGGAGUGA